AUGUCUAAGUCUGAAACCGGUACUCAGCUUUUAGCCAGGUUGAGAGAUCGACCAUCUUUACAAGGGUUAGAAGAAGGAUUAUUUGAUAAUGGACCUAAAAGUGGUGAUGUCUUUGAAUUCUGUGGAGAUGAAGGUGUUGGAAAAUCACAACUAUUUCUUCAUUUUGUUACCAAAAUAAUUUUACCACAAGAUUUUGAUGGAUUUGAAAUUGGUGGAUUCGGAGCCAAAGUUAUUUACAUAGAUACAGACUUGAAAUUCCAAAUUGUUAACUUGGCCAAAUAUCUGACUAAAUAUUUGGAGCAGCUAUUGGGAAAUAACCCAGAAAAUUUACUAAAUGUCGACAUUAAAUCAUGUGUUCAAAUGUCUCUAAAAAAUGUGUUUAUAACACGCUGUAGUAGUAGUGAGCAAUUAAUAUCGACUCUCGGUAAUUUGGUGAAUAUUUUGAAUGACGCUCCAGAAAUUGGAACAAUCAUGAUUGACAGUAUAUCUAUGUGUUAUUACUCAGAUAAAUGUGCUAAUAUGCUUGACACAAACAUAUCCCAAUUAAUUCACAUUUUAAGCAAAUUGAUUUCUGAAUUUAAUCUGAAUGUGUUUGUAACCAAGGCAACUCUUGUGAAAAGAAAAUCAACUGGGCAUAUCUUGUCAUAUUCAAGUAAUUCCAGGGAAGUGAACCAAUAUGCAGAGUUUCUAGGGCAAAUGUGGCACAGAUUUGUGCAAAAGAGGUUUAUAAUAACUAAGGAAACAAUUAAGGGGAAAACAAUGCAUGGAAUUUACAGUAAACAUUUAAAAUGUCCCAAAUAUUUUAAAUUUAGUGAAGGAAAUGUUAUAGAAUUUUAA